AUGUCCUCGACGGCGGCGGAGGAGGCGGAGAGGAUGGUGGGGGCGGAGUGGAAGGAGGAGGAGGGGAAGCAGGGGAUGAGGAAGAGGAAGCGCUACGGGCUGGUGGAGUACCGGGCGCUGCCGGCCUACCUGCGCGACAACGAGUACAUCCACAGCCACUACCGCUGCGAGUGGCCGCUCCCGCAGGUGCUGCUCUCCGCCUUCUCCAUCCACAACGAAACCCUCAACGUCUGGACGCAUCUUAUUGGAUUUUUCAUCUUUCUCGCUCUGACCAUAUACACAGCAACACAAGUUCCAAAUGUAGUAGAUAUCCAGAGCUUGCAGCAUUUGCCGGAUGUGCUGAGAAAGGCUGAUAUUCAUAAGAUUCAGGCAGAGCUUGUGUCAUGUCUUCCGUCGUUACCUCACCUUUCAGAUCUACAAAAGCUGAAGGAUGAGCUGAAGAGCUCUUGGAAUUCUAUGGAGGUUCUUCCAUCUCUGUCCCGUUGGCAUCUCUUGGAGUUACUCGCAAGUUGUUUGCCACACAGAUUUACCCAUCCCAAUGAAACAAGUUUGUCUGUUCUUCAAAGCAUGAAGGAGGAUCUAGCAAACCUGAUUGCACCACAACUAAUCAGACCAAUUGCGCGGUGGCCAUUCUAUGCUUUCUUGGGAGGAGCCAUGUUCUGCCUUCUCGCCAGCAGUACUUGCCACCUUCUCUCCUGCCAUUCUCGCCGCCUAGCGUACAUUAUGCUUCGGCUUGAUUACGCAGGCAUUGCAGCUCUGAUCGCCACAUCCUUCUACCCUCCAGUAUACUAUUCUUUCAUGUGCUACCCCUUCUUUUGCAACAUGUACCUCAGUUUCAUAACCAUCCUAGGAGUGGCAACUAUCGCGUUCUCUCUACUUCCGGUCUUCCAGAACCCCGAGUUCAGAACCAUCAGAGCAUGUCUCUUCUUUGGCAUGGGUGCAUCUGGUGUGAUACCUGUUCUUCACAAGCUGGUCCUCUUCUGGCACCAACCGGAGGCAUUGCACACAACCGGAUAUGAAGUUCUGAUGGGGCUCUUCUACGGGCUGGGAGCACUGGUAUAUGCGACCCGGGUACCUGAGCGCUGGAUGCCUGGGAAGUUUGACAUCGCCGGGCACAGCCACCAGCUGUUCCACGUCUUGGUUGUUGCCGGAGCCUACACACACUACCACGCAGGGCUGGUGUACCUCAAGUGGAGAGACGUACAGGGCUGCUGA